AUGGCUUUCACUCCAAUCGAAUCCGGUGUUGGCGGCCUGCUCAUUGGAUUGUCGGCCGCCCUAGCAUACCUGGCAGAUGGCAAGAUCACGGGCAUCAGUGGCAUCGUGGGCCCCUUCUUGCGAGGAAUGGGUAAAUGCCAGCCACUUAAAGAUGGUCAAUUAUGGAAAGCUCUCUUUCUCAGCGGCCUGAUUAUAGGUGGUCUCUUGAACCUGGCUUUCAAUCGGGACUUUGCCUACCCGCAGGCCUUGGAGAUUUCGGUGGUCAGGUACUGCUUGGGCGGCGUCCUCGUUGGCAUCGGCACUCGCGCAGGAAGAGGCUGCACUUCUGGCCAUGGCAUCUGCGGUCUUCCUCGCCUUGCCCCACGCAGCUGGAUUGCGGUGCCCACCUUCAUGGGAGUUGCGGCUGCCACAGUGGCUGUCACGAGGCAUGCAGCCAAGCUGGAUGCCAGCGGUCCGUGGCAGGUAGCGGAGCUGCAGUGGCCACCCAAGUGGGAGUUCCCGUUAGCUGCAGCACUUUCCAGCUUGGUGCUGACAUUGCUUGCAGUGCUCCUCCCUUCCAAGCCUCGAAGCUUCGUAUCACCGAUGGCAUGCGGCAUCAUCUUUGGCUUGGGCUUGGGCGUCUCUGGAAUGACGAGCCAGGCGAAGGUCUUGGACUUUUUGGACUUCGGGGGAACCUGGGAUCCGAGCUUGGCCUUCGUGAUGGGCCUGGGACUCUGCGUGUCCUUUCCGGCAUUCCUUCUCGCAGAGCGAGAGUGGAGAAAGCCAUUGUGCGGUGAGGAGUGCAGCUUUGAGAAGCCUUCCAAGACUGGGAAUUACGGAUCGCUGGUUCUGGGUGCCACGUUCUUUGGCCUCGGCUGGGGUCUGGUUGGCAUUUGCCCAGGGCCCGCUCUGGCUGGUAUGAUUCCUUACCUGACGGGUGGCUGGGGCGCUGGCCUCUCGUUUGGCCUUUGCGUGCUGCUGAUCCUGGUCUCCUGGCUUGCAACGGACCGAGCCAUCGGCUACAUGAACUCGCAGCAGCCGAAGGAAGCACAAGUAGUGAAAGUUGGGCCAUCAGAUGAGAAGGCAUAG